GUUAUCUUUCCUCCUACUUUAUCGUUGUGGGGGAGAGCAAUUAGAAAAGGAGACAAGGCCUUACUGCAUUGCGAGCAUCGAUUCAAGAAUCCUUGCGCCUUAUCAUAGGGCAGGGGGAGCUUGGAAUGUGUGGUCCCUGCUCCUCCAAAAGCCUACAUACCACAAGGGUUUUGAGCGCGCGUGUUUUGGACGGCUGUGAUACUCUCUACUCGAGUAAAUCACUCUGCACGGACAGUAUCUCCUGAGCGGAAUUAACCAGAUUCCUACCCAGCAUAGCGGUCAAGUUGAAUACCGGUCGUAAGUGCCUCUGAGUUCUCUGUCGGUUGCGCAACGGGUGUACUACAGUGCUCCUCGAUUAUGUGACAUUCCAAGAUCCGGGUGACCCGGUGUCAUCACGGUGCUACAGGCUUAUAAAGUGCGGUGCUGGAUGUGUACUGUACGAGUACUGUGCACGGUGUGGCACUUUAUUCAGACCGAGUAUUCCGAAUUUUGCUCUCAUGGUGGUGCCUCUACGGGUGUUCUGCUGGUUAUUGUGUUUAUCUUCCCGGGUUCGCAUCCUCGGGGCUUCAGCGAAUUUGCUGGAAAAAUCGCUGCGCUGUUGUGCGAACUUGAUCAUACCGAUCACUUGGGUGGGGAACUUCCGACACCGGCACUACCUAUCCGACAUGGGGUCAAACAAGCAUUUCCCCCGUUGCGAUGGGAUUGUGGAAGGGUACCCGAUCCGGGAAUCUAUGAUACCGGUUUCCUCCCCCCCAACUUUUCGGUGGAUCAAAAACAAAAUUAG